AUGCGUUUCUCUACCAUCAUCACCACCGCACCCUUCAUACUCACGGUCUCCGCUGCCGUUGUAGCCCCUGUGGUCGUCAGAGAAACCUCGCAACUCUCCUCCACGGACACGAACGCAACAACCUCCGACUCGGAGCAAUCUGGCGAAGUCUUCAACAUGCUUAGGCUCUUGAAAGUCGAGGGGCAACCCGAUGUCUUGGAAGCAUUCAACAUCACUUUUACAGAAGACAAGACCCCCAUUAUUAGCAGCGAAGCGGGUAUCGAAAAGGCUGCCGGAUCCAUCGACAACGAUGUCGCAGGUCUCGUCUCGCGGAAGAUUCAUAUACACUGGCCUCACUGGAGCGAUACACACAGGGCAUGCAUAAUUUGCCAACUGGGCUGUGCAUUCGGCCCAUGCGGUUGCUGCAACGUUGGUCGUGCCUGCGUCACCGAUGGUGAAUGCUGCCUUUCCCCUGGUGCUUGCUGA